AUUUGAGAUGUACAGUGUACAACUAGAACUGUACAUGUAUGCACAUAGUAUGUACAUGUACGUGCGUGCACUUUGUACCGUGGAACUUGGGAAGUGUACAUUCGUAAUUUCGAACAAGCUGAAGCAGUUUGUUGAUUGUUAAAAUUUCAAUUUUUUCGUGACUUGUUGAUGCCAUGUAGGUGAUUCUGAUGAACUUAGAUUUAAGGUGCAUCAUGAUUUCUUUGCUCUGCCAGUGGCAGUAAGCAAGAGUUUUACAUGUAGAUAUUCAAAGAAAGUCUGCAGUGCUUUCCUGUUUUCAGCUAGAGCCUGGUAGAGGGCAGCACCACUUGAACAGAGCAUUUUCCCCAGACUUCUGAAAAUGGUGCAUUACCAUGGCACAUUUUGAUGAGAAGAGUGGAAUUGUCCCUUGCCAGACCCCCUGGGGUCAGUGGUAUCAGACCAUGGAGGAGGUGUUUGUAGAGGUGAAUGUGCAAGAGGGAACAAAGGGCAAGAUGGUGACGGUGAACUUUGACCCCAAGCACCUGAGCUGCACGGUUAAGGGCAAAAAUGUCUUUAAGGGUGAACUUUAUGAAGCAGUAAUAUCUGAUGAAUGCACCUGGACACUUGAAGACAACAAACUGGUCCAGAUUGUCCUCACCAAGUCCAAGCAGUCAGCGGAGAACUGUUGGCGGAGCUUGUUGAAGGACCAGUACGUGGCUGACCCUUUCACCUACGACAAGAUGGAAAAGAAACUCACCUUGCAAAGAUUUCAGCAUGAGAACCCAGGCUUUGACUUCAGUGGGGCAGAGAUUACAGGCAACUACUCCGGAGGAGGUCCAAACUUUGAUCCCUGAUCACGGCAACUUGGCUGUCUAUAUGGUCGCUUGGCCAGAACUUUCUCCUUAUGGGGCUCAUCUAUUCGCACAAAACACAUUUCACUUAAAGCCGCAUUUACAUGCAUAUAGAGUUGAGUCAUGAGGAGUUAUUUGUUAGACAUGCUGAGGCGUAACGAUGUUGACAUCUGAAAGUGUAUAGUCCUGAGAGUGCUUUAAUUCAUAGAAAAUCCAUCCGUUAGGGACAGACGAAGAUAUUCGUGUACAGUAGUUGUGAUUUUCAUUUAGGUUAUGUAUAUUUUGCCGAGUUAGUUUCUAUUUCAUGGGUAAGGGCAAAAUGUAGUAAGUAGUAAAACAAGAGACUACUGAGGACUGUCCUCGGAUGGUUAUUCAGGGGGAGAGGUCAGUAUGUUUAUCAGAUAAUCAAAAUUUGAAACUCCAGAACAGAAUCGGUUGGUACUCGGAAUUUCUCUGUGGGUGCUAACUGAGAGCACUGAAGGUGCAAAUUAUUCCAUUUGUUGACAAAAUACCAUGUAAGAAAAGAACAAGUAUUGUUUGGUUUUAAGUCUACCUUGAAAUUUAAUUUUUUUCCCCUUUUUUUUUGUUGUUGUCCGUCUGUAGUUCGUUGACCAGUACUUAUGACAUCAAUUCCUGGAGAGAUCUCCAAGCUUCUGUCCAUAAGCAACAGGUAAAGAUUGUACUGACUUCUGUAGUCGAUGUUGUGGGGGUAAGCGAUUGGAUGAGAACAGGGUACCAACCGAUUCAUAUGUAUGUAGUCGAUGAUAAUUGGGUUAUCAGUGUGAUUAAGUUGAGUGAACAGAAACUUGAUUGACGUAAGAAGUGAACCUGAAAUUACUGGAAAUGGUUUUCAGUGCUCCAAUAUCUUCUCUUUCUCAAACUAAUUCUUACCCAGGCUGCGCGUAGUUGAUGUAACCCUGCUGCUCUUACAGAGUUCCGAAGCGUGAUGUCAUUUUAAACCAGGAAUUGCAGUGCACACGAAUGGAGUACGCGUGUUGGUUUGCAUGCUGGUUCUUGCACUGAUACCUUGCACUGACGCAUUCACUUAGGUACUCUGUACCACCAGGAUUUAACUCCAAGAUUGUAAAUUGGAGUUGUUACAAUGUUGGACUGACCCUUCGCCGAGUGUGCUGAAUCUGAGACAAUCCUAGCAGUGCCCUGACUCGUGUAGUGGCCGUUGAUGAGCAAGUGCUCGUAUGCAGUAUGGAUGUGUGGAAAUUUUCCUGUGAAGUGGUUUGUGGGCAUCAAAUUCCCUGGGGGAGGUCUGCUUUCUCCAAAAUGCCCAUGAAAUUUUGGUUGAGAAAACUUGACACAUCACCCACUACCGAGCCAGGGUCAGCAAGUAUUGAUUUUAAUGCCAACAAAUGUUGACUUUGUUUAUCCAGUGUUAUAAACAAUAAAAAGCUUUAUUUUUAUCUCACCGAUGUACAUAUGUGGUUUUCCUUUCCCCUUGUACUCUGAACAGUCUUAAAACCUCCAACAUGGCUCAAGAGAGUGAGACGUAACUGACAUGUACAAGCAAAAAAUGUUACUUGAAGAAAACACUAUACCCAAGCUGGCGCAAAGCAUGUUUUAUUUCCAAUGACAUGUGAAUGAAUAAUGAACAGCUAAAAAAAAGCAAAGUUGCAACAGGGAGAGGCAAACUGAAUGUGAAAUUGUAACAUUCAAAAGGGGGAUGAAAAAACCAUUAGAAAGUAGACGAAACAGGAAAAAACUAUGUGUAUAAAAAAUCAACGGUGAUUUCUCAAUAAAUGUGGACAACUCACUGCUUUCUCCCGACACCCUUUCCUGAGAGUAUCCACCGAAAGUGUUUGUUUUUAUGCAACAGAAAAUCAAGCCUCAAAGUUACUCAGAAUGCAAUUAAACUUCAGCUGUGAAAGAACAUGAACUCAAAACUCUGUAAAACCUUCCUGCACAUGUGAAUAUGUGUGGAUAGUGCAGGUCAUUAUCAGAAAAAAUGCUACUAAUGUGUUACUAAUGCAAAAUUAACCAGCAUUAAAUUUUAAUAAAGGGUCUGACUUGUCUCUGUACUUCUGUAACCUUGAUUUUUCUAUUCUGAAGAAUAACUUUUACUUACUGGUUUUUCUUUCAAAAACAUAUCAGAUGUGAAGUUUCCAGAAACAUUUUGUAUAAUUUUUAUAUCAAGCCUAGCCUUCUAGAAAGUAUUAAGUAUUUCACAGCUUUUGUUAACACCUUUUUUGUCAUAUUGGCACACUGUGCUCAUAUCCUUUCAGGCAGCCAGAAGUGUGUGAUCUGAAUUUACCCUAGAAACAAUUACAAAAGGCUCAACCAAUAUUUACUCUAAUUUUUGCUCUCCAAUACAGCGAUCAUUCAUGUGUCAUUGUUGAAGUGUUCUGGAUGAUCUAGUAGAGCAACUUCCAAAGUUAAAAUAAAAAAUGGAGUUCAAAAAUAAAUACAUUACCUUAUGAUUUGCUUCAUAACGAGCCUUAAACUUCAGAAAGAAGUAAUGGGGGGAAGAGGUUAACCCUAACAGUCCUCAGUUCCUCCAACAGGUGAAGGAUUGAGGACUGUUAGGGUUAAUCAUUUGGGGGACUUGUGGUCCACAUCAGUAAGACCUUAUGCGAUGAUUUUUAAAAAGUUGGCACGUAAGCCUUCUUUGAACCCUGGGUUUAUUUCCCAGUGCUGGUGUAAAUUUUCUUCUUGAGGCCCAAACAUUAAAUUCGCUUUUGAAACAAUUAGAAAUGGAGAAUGAGUUUGAUGGAAACCAAAGAGAACAGGCCCCGUUUUAAGGUAUACUAUUUUGUAUGAAAGCCAUAUUCACUGUUGUUCAUUUAUAAAGAAGCCUUAUGCUACAUUCUGGAUGAUA